UCUAUUCUUAGCUUCCCUUCCUUGACUCCCAACACUUCCCCCUUCCUCCCUUGUCACUUCUACGCGAACCUUCGUGCAGCACUUUCAAUUAGCUCUCGGACCCGCAGUACAGGGAGUAUAGUCCUCCACGGCAUCGCUAAAAGUCCCCGACUGAAUCACAUCUUAUGGUUGUUCCGGUUUGUUGUCUAUCGUGUUCCCAUCACACACCAAUCAAUACCACCACAUCAGCAAAUUAUCGCGGCCUGCUUUUAGCGGCUUGAUCGUCAGCAUCGUCGAGGUCACAACCGCAGAGUAAUCAUGACCACCACAAAUUUCUCCAAUCCCAACUCUUUAGAUGUGUUGACAUCUACGGUCAAUCGGACGCUCGUUGACACAGCCCGGUACUUCAACUCGCAUGGGAAAUUGCAGUACAGUGCACAGCUCAAACGCUCAAUGCCUGUUGCACACGAGCAAUUCCAGACCGCUUUGGAUAAUCUCUCAGAGCAGAUAUUCAUUGCUAAGGCGUUCCUAGAACGAGACUAUGAGGCAAUCAAAGCGCGGAAAGCCGCACUUCAUCCCGCCGAAGAUUCCAUGAUGGAGGACGUGGUAGUGAAGCUAGAGCCAGAAACAGCUCCCCGCACUCAGGAAACACCAGUCGUAGCCACGAACGCCGAUGCCAUUAAAGCCGAGCCCGCAGAAGAUGAAGUUGUGCCGAAGCCGCAAAUUGACCGGGAUGCCAAACAGUCAGGCUUGAUUGAUCCAGUUGUCAAGGAAGAUAAAGUUGACAACAGAGCUCCCGCCCCUGCCAUAUCUGGACAGCCGUUCACCGGACCGGAAGAGCUCAACUUCGACACCAUGCUCCCCAAUACGGGCCCCAAUGAUUUCGAUCUGAAUCUUGAUUUUGGCGACGACUCGGUUGGCAAUGAUGACUUUCUUGCAGGCUCUCACCUGGUUUCUGCCGCUCCUGGCAAUGAAGCCAACGAGCCAUCUGGUAACACCGCCGCUGAAUUAGUGAGCACGGACAACCUGAACGCUGCUGUGCCUGCAGGCGGGGAUGCAUUUGACCUGGAACUGCAAAAAGCCGAGGCAUUCUCUACCCAAGCCAAUACCCUCACAGGGCAACCGUUGGAUGGUCCGGGAGGUGGAAACCUCGAAGAUGUCAUGGCGCCAGGAGAAUCCAGCUUUGAUGAUCUAUUCAUGGAAAAUGAUAACUUCGGAGGGGAUGGUACCGGGGAUGCGAGUCUACUAGAGGGUGACGGAUUGGUGGACAUCAAUGAUUUGGACGAUAGCUGGUUUACAUGAUUACGUUCGUGGCAGUUGCAGUAGGAUGCAUACUGCUCACGAUGCAAUUCAUGAGUGGCGACAGGGGUGCAUUGGAGUUCAACAAUAUAGGCAGUUCCACUUUGGAGCAAUCCCCGCAAUUAUGGCUUUCAAGCUAAGCGGAAAAGACUCCAUUCUUUUCGCGAAUGCCUCUUCAUUACU